GGUAGGGGAAAGGUAGGUAAAGUGGAAUGGGUGGGUAAAGCGGAAUAAGCUUAAAAUUUAAUUUGAAAAUUGGCGGUUUUUGUUGUAACUCCUACCACAAUAUACCUUUUGACAUUUGGCAAUAUUUACUUCAAUAUGGCGCACUUUCAUUGAUAUGUUCAUGUGAGUUAAACAAGAUCAUUGUUUUUUAACAAAAAGUUGUAAUAUUUGGUGACUAAGACGAAAUUUCUUAUCAGCAACAGCAUGCCUAAUUUUUACAAACGAAAGACUUCGCAGCAGAGUUGGGACGAGAAGGCAAUGGCUGAGGCUCUAACUGCAUGUCAAGGUGGUUUAUCAAUUCAUUCUUCUGCAAAACAAUAUAACAUUCCAUCGACAACUCUUUUUAGAAGAUUAAAGCGACCACCAGAAGAACGUUUAGUGAAGCAACUUGGACGAUUCCGUUGCGUGUUCACGGUAGAUCAAGAGAGGAUGUUGGUAGACUAUAUUCUUAAAAUGGAAGAACGCCUGUUUGGGCUAACUAUUUCUGACUUAAAAUAUCUUACCUACGAGUUUGCCAUACGAAAUAACAUUGAACAUAGAUUCAAUAAUGAGAAGAAAGAAGCUGGUAAAGUAUGGUUGCUUGGUUUCAUGAAACGGCACCCAGUUCUUUCACUUCGACUUCCAGAAAAAACGUCAGCAGCGCGAGCGUCAGCAUUUAACGCAGUUAGUGUCGGAAAGUUCUUUGAUUUAUUGGAAGACUUAUACCAAAAACACAACUACAAACCUAACCGCAUCUAUAAUUGUGACGAAACCGGAAUCUCUACCGUGCCAAAUAAGCCUUCAAAGAUUAUUUCAAAAAAGGGGAAAAAGCAAGUAGGAGUUUUAUCAUCAGCUGAAAGAGGUACGCUUACAACUGCAGAAAUUUGCUUCAACGCUGCAGGGGAAUACAUCCCUCCUGCUCUUAUUUUUCCACGGGUGAGAUAUCACUUGACAUUCGACAUUGGAGUUCCUCUGAAUACCAAAAUUUUCACGCAUGCUUCUGGAUGGAUGCAGACCGAAAUCUUUACGGCUUGGUUUCACCAUUUUAUUAAAUUUGCGAAGCCUACCUCCGAGGACAGGGUUUUACUAAUUUUAGAUGGCCAUUCAACCCACAUAAAAAACAUUGAAGUCUUAGAGCUUGCUAAGAAAAACUUUGUAGACAUCCUGGUGCUACCACCACAUUGCACACAUCGACUUCAGCCACUGGACGUAUCAUUUAUGUAUCCCAUGUCGACCUUCUAUGAACAGGCAGUGCGAGUUUGGCUGCGAACCCACCCGGGGAAAGUUGUGACGAUUCAUGAUGUCGGUCCUCUCUUCGGAGAAGCUUACUUGAAGGCAGCUAGUAUGGCAACAGCUAUCUCAGGAUUUAAGAAGACGGGUAUUUGGCCGUUUGAGAGACCUGAUCCAAACGUUUUCGUGGCUGCAGAUACAACUGAUCGUCCUGGGCCUCUACUCGCUACAUCUAACCUGCCAUCAGCGUCCACUCCAGUGUCAAAUGACAUUCUCCUCCAUAAGACUAUUGUUAGUCCUGCGGAUAUUUUACCUAUCCCACGGGUCGCUUCAAAUAUCGAAAAUCCAACGAAGAAAAGGGCUCGAUCGGGAAAAACUGUAGUAGCAACUUCUACCCCUUUUAUUGAAGAGUUAAAGAAUUUGAAGGCUCCGACCCCAAAAAAUCCAACCAAGAAAGUUACGAAGCAACUAUUUCAAAGCGACAGCGAAGAAGAAGAUGAUGCAAACAUCAGCAUUUAUAGUGACACCGACAGCGGUUCAGAGUUGGACCUACCAGUUCAAAUUCCUACCAUAAAAACAGAAGAUAUUAAGGAAGGGAUAUAUGUAGCUGUAGAGUACAACGGACAAACAUUUCCCGGUUUAGUAAUUUCAAAAUCAGGUGAAUCAGCGUCUGUAAAGUGUAUGGAAAGGACGCAAAAAUAUUUCAAAUGGCCUAAUAAAGAUGAUGUAUUAGAUUACAACAUUAAGGACAUUAAAAUGAUUAUUAAUGAACCAAAACAGUUAAGACGAGGGUUUUUCAAUGUUCCUGAGCUCUGUUUAUAUGCUUAGUUGAAUAAAUAAUAUUAAUUCAUUUUAAGUUUUUGUAUUCCGCUUUACCUCCAAUAUGGCGGGUAAAGUGGAAUAUUACACCACUUUUACUUUUGACGUUUUUCUCCGAAGUGGUGAUAUAUUAGUUUAAUUUCUUAACAGUACUACGUAGGGCUAUAACGUAAGUGGCUUCUUCCAUAAACUCAAACUUUUAAGACGAAUACUUCUACCGGGAUACAAGCUUGAAUCGGUAAUUAUUCCACUUUACCUACCUUUCCCCUACUUAUAAAUA